GUCCGUUUAGCUGCGUUGAAAGUGGUGCAAGAAUUAAAUCAUAAACUUGGAGAGGAAUACCUCGCUUUGUUGCCAGAAAUUGUUCCUUUUCUUGCAGAACUCAUGGAAGGUACAUAUUUUAUUGCAUUUAAGGUGGCUCCGUAUAGUUAUUUUAUAAGAAGCCUGGUAACGAAGUCUUGACGUUAGCAGAAAAAAACAUUGCACUCGUCCGAUUCUAAUACCAAUCAUAUACAUGAAAAAAUUUCUCAAUUCUGGUUGGCUAAGAGCAGUGCAAUUUUUUUUUAGGCUUUCUGAUUGACUUACAAAAUGAAACAAUAACAAAGAUAGCCAAUAAGAUACAGCAAUUUCCAGGAGAAAUAAUACAAAAAACAAACAUUUAGGAAUGACUGCAUAAUUUUUUCAUGUAUACUUUGUUAAUAAGUAAUGGUAUGGUUUCUCGUGCAAUUUGAAAAAACAUACACACGUGAGUUUUUCAAAGAUUUCAAUUUUGAUAGUCUUUGAAAACUCACUCGUGCACGCAUGUUUUUUUCCAAAUUGCACUCGAAACAUGCGUACUAUUACCUAUACAAAUAAACACGCGCGCGUUUCGCGUGAUAAACUUCACGCAUGCGUAAAUAUUGAUCAUAUCGAAUCGAUAUUUUGUCACGGCAAUAGCGACUGCGAGACAAUUUCUUGAAAAUUUGUAAAUUGAACGAAUACAACAAGCUUGCCAACAGAUCAAACGUUUUGAAAACAGUGAAUUAUGUAGCGAAUAAUCUGCCUUGAUAGCCUUAUUCCAGGGCCGUCCACUGCUUGCGUCGGAACCCGCGCGUCUGCGUUGAAGCCUGGGGACGAGGCUGGCCUUAUUCCAUAUUCACAUAUGUUUAGAAUAUCAAAAAUUUACUCGCUGAGAAAUUUUGGGAAAUGCCUUGAUAGCCUUAUUCCAUAUUCACAUAUGUUUAGAAUAUCAAAAAUUUACUUGCUUAGAAAUUUUGGGAAAACCCGUAUCACGUAUGCUCAAAUAGAAGCUAAAGUAUGAAUGUCAUUGUUACCAUGACAACGCAAUAUGUGUAUAAUCGUUUAUCCUUUUUUAAGUAAUCGAUACCUUUAUUAUAAUUCUAUAUACUCCAUGCCUCCAAGAUUCGGUUUAUAGAGUAAUACAUCCCACUUAGUCAUGACCACAUAAAAUUACUUGCGGAUAUUAGAACAAUAGGGAGCCACGUUAAAGCGAAUGGCAGUAAGAUGUAUAUGCGAAUUUUUGUCACAGUGAUAUGUUUUGUUGGAACAGAUAUCUUGAAUAAGGUUAGGGUUCCAAUUUCACUCAAGUUAAGUAGGUUUCAGUUUAAAAAUGAAUAAAAGAGCCCAGCAAACCACGCAUACUUGGUAAAAAUGAAAUUUAACUAUAAUUAAUAGCUAACUUUAUUAGCUAACGUUUCGUUGUCUACUGUACAACAUGUACUGAAUGAACUGGAUUUUACAUGGAAUGCUAUCUAUAUAAAAUAUAUUUACAUUUAUUUCAAGUGUUGAACGUGACCUAAAUCCGACACCUACACAUCUCCAUAUCGCACACGAUGAAUACGUGCAUGGCAACAUUUCAGAGUUCAGUAACGACUAGAAUAAAUAUAGACGUAACGUUUUGCAAUACGUUGCGAAUGCAGUCAACAGUAAAUAAUAUGGAAACAUCCGAUUUUCGUGAAUUGGUAUUUUGCUAGAUCAAAGUCCGAUAGAUAAAAAUGCUUUUAUAUACUUCGAUUUGUAAACUAUAACCAGACUCAUUUCAGUUGGAACUGGUUGGUAAUAAACUAAGUUACCCAUGUUAUUUCAUUAAAACCUGGUUCACACAAUGAAUUGGCUCGGCGGUUUUCUCUUUCUGACCAGACAGUCACGUGGACGUACGACUCAAGUAUAUAUAAGAACUAUAUAUAUAAUUGUUUUUGUUUGUGGAAACACCACGUAAAUUUAUUACUGCAACUAUAUAUAUACUUUUAAUACAAAUGCAAUGAGAUUGCUUGAUUUUACAGUGAUAAUAAUUAUUUUAGACGAAUCGUUCGAGGUGGAACAAAAAUGUCAGCAAGUGAUCAGUGAAAUGGAGGAAGUCCUUGGGGAAUCACUUAAAAAAUAUUUCUAA